AUGAAAAUACUAACUCUAGUGCUCCUUGUUUGUCUUUUAGGAGCUGUUUUGAGUGCAGAUUCUAUAAAGAAAUCUGAGGAGAUAGAAGAUCAGGAAGAUACACCUUGACUUGUUCAUAUGAGAACAGUUCUGAGCCCACAAGGACUAGGAGACCUGAUUCAGAUAGCCUUGAAUAGUGCCAAGGGCCCUAAUCAACUCGGUGAUUUUGAAGCAUGUAAGGCAGAAACAGUCGAGUACAUCUUGUUAGCACUUGAACUCCAACCCCUCAAUAUGCCUGUUGUAAGAAUGGGUCUCUGUGUCCCAAGCGAAUGCGCAAAUCAGGAUAGUUUUAAGGAUAUUUCAAAUUUUAUUAAGAAGCAAGCUGAGCCAUACUUACCAGAAGAUAUGGACAUCAUUGCUAAGGUUACUGUUCCAAGAGAGGUUCUUGCACAAUCUAUGUCUACAGGCGCUAUUAUUGUUUUGAUAGUCACAGGUCUCGUAGGAGUCCUUUGGCUUUUGGGAAUGCUAAUUACUUAUACAAACAUUGGUAAUAAUGGAAACUUCAGAUCAGAUAAGAUUGAAGAGAAGAAGAUGACUUGGGCCCUUGCUCUCCACUCAUUCAAUCCGAUAGUGAAUCUCCAGAAAUUAUUCACUGUCAAGGACGGAGGUGAUAAGACUUUGAAUGUACUCAACGGUGUCAGAGUGCUCAGUAUUGGAUGGGUAAUCCUUGGCCAUUCAUUCUCCUUCGUUUUCUUCGGAGCUGUUGUAAACACACAAACUUUGUCAACAUUGUUUGAUAGUGAUUUGUUCUCUCUUGUUCCGGGAGGAGUUUUUGCGGUAGACUCAUUUUUCUUCCUUUCUGGAUUCUUGACAUUCGCCCUAUUGAUCUCAAAAAUGUACCCAAAGAGAGGAAUGAUUGGAAUAGUCAAUACUAUCCUUAUCUAUUUCCACAGAUAUUAUAGGCUCAUCUUCCCAUUGGUAUAUAUUCAGUUCUUCACUAUGUAUGUGGUCAGAUACCUAGGAAACGGGCCAAUGUAUAGGACAGGUUGGGAUUUCUUGAAUCAGUCAUGAUUUGCUAAUCCCUGGUCCAACUUCUUGUUUAUUGCCAACUUUUAUCCAUGGCAGAUGGCAAGAGCUUGCAUUGGAUGGGUCUGGUAUCUCAUGUGUGACAUGCAGUUCUUUAUUAUCAGCCCUCCGUUGAUCGUGAUAUACUGCCUCAAUAGGAAGAUUGGAAAACUUGUGGUGCUCUCAUUGAUUAUUAUUUCAAUGAUAAUCAAUGGAAUCUUAGCCCUUGUCUGGGAUAUCUCUAUGGAUGGAAAAUCUUCCAAAAACCAGAACGUAGGGGAUGUGGUCUACAACAAGCCUUGGAGUAGGAUGGGCGCUUACUUUGUUGGAGCCAUGUUCGGGAUUUCCUACUUUGAGCUAUCCUGCAGAGAGAAGUAUCAAGGACUCUCAAACACUAUUUUUAACAAGUGCUAUGACAUUCUGAAGAAUUCACAGAUUAUUUCGCUCUUGGUGUGUUGAUUCGGAAUUGGACUUACAGCUUUGUAUGUUUUUCCUAAUGCUGCUUACGGAAGAGGCUGUGUCAGUUUAAAUUCCACAACUAGUGAAAACUGUUGGCCCUUAUGGCUCUCAUUUUUGUAUGUGACUACAUCCAGACCCUUUUUUGUAUUCGGGCUUGGCUUGAUACUGAUCCCUACAUUCGUUGGAAGAUUAAGAGUUAUUAAGGCCUUUUUAGGAGCUGAAACUUUUGAAGUUUUUGCAAGGCUUAAUUAUAUGGUUUAUAUGAUUCAUUGUGUCGUAUUAUUCCAUUUCCUCAAUAACCUAAAGACGAGUUUAUAUAUCACAGCUACCACACAAUGGUUCUUUGCUAUUGGAUCAACUGUGAUUUCUUUUAUGGUUGCUGUUCCUUUAACUCUCAUCUGUGAAGUUCCAUUCAUGAACCUUGAGAAAUAUGUCCUCUUCCCCAAAAAGCACAAGCCUCAGGCUGAAACCAUCCCUAUUGAGGCUCAGAAUACCAAAGUUGAAGGAAACGGCCAAUUCUACAAGUUUGUGGACCAUGAUGACACGAUGGAAUCUGGGAAGAGGCUUUUGGAGAAAUCUUAAUUUUAUCAGAUGUGCUUAGGCAAUCAUCUAAGUUCAAG